AACUAGUUUGGGAUUUUUAUUAGAAGAAUUUAUUACUAUUGUUUUUUUUUUUUUUUUGGUUUUUGGCUUUCCAAGCCGCAGAGGAGAAGAAAGAAUACGAAGCAGAAACAAAGAAACCCUAAUAACAAACUUCUGUAUCUAAUGGAAGAAUUUUCCCUUUUGGUUUCUCUUUCACUAUGAUUUUUUUUUUUUUUUUUUUGGUUUGUUUUGUUUUUGAAAAAUUCUAAGAGGGAAAACAGAAUUCAAAGGAUGACAAACAACACUGCUUAAUCAAUCGGGAAUCUCUAUGCUGUGGUAAUCUAAUGGCGGAGAGUGAACAGAUCACCGCCACAUGGGGGACGUGGGAGGAGCUUUUACUCGCUUGUGCAGUCAAGCGCCAUGGAUUUAAGGACUGGAAUUCCGUAUCCAUGGAAGUUCAGGCUCGUUCUUCUCUUCCUCAUCUCUUAACCACCGCUCGUAACUGCGAACUUAAAUUUCAAGACCUUAAACGACGAUUUACUUCUUUUCAAAACGACGCCGUUUUGAAUCACAACGCCUCUGGAAUUGCCGAUAAGCUUGAUACCGCCUUACCUUGGGUUGAUGAGUUGAGGAAACUCCGCGUUGCCGAACUUCGACGAGAGGUCCAGCGUUAUGACGUCUCAAUCAACUCGUUGCAGUUGAAGGUCAAGAAAUUGGAGGAGGAGCGAGAACAGGGCGUGAAUGAUAGAGAGGCCAGCACUGGAAAACCAGAUCUAAAAACGGAGUCCAGAGAGCGACGAUCAGAAAACGACAAAAAGCACUUCGGAGAACCAGACCAUCGGUCCGGACCAAACGGAACAGUCACGAAGCCGCCGCCGGUUCCUGGAGAAGAUUCCGACCGGGAAGAUUUCUCUGUGAACCAAUCCAAUUCCACCGGUUCAAAGAGCGGCAAUCCUAAAAGCACAGCCGAAAUCGCCAAAUCCGAAACCAAACCGGAUUUCACCGGCUCAUAUAGACCAGAACAGAACCGCAGAACCGUCGAACCAGCCGGUCCACAGUCGGAUGACGGCAGUACGGAUACUGUGGUUAAAAACCCGACGUGUGACAUAUCAGAGACAAAAAAGAAGGAAACGCAACGAGUCGACGAUUCGUCCGAGUUAGCCGACUCGGAGGCUCAGUCACAUGGCGGAGGCACGACGACGAGAGAGAGCAGCGAAGUACAGAGCUCGGCGAGUUUGACGGGGAGGAUGAAGAGGAAGAGACUCCUUAGGAAGGAGAUCUCCGGCGGUAGUAGCGGCAAUGAACCUCGCCGGUCGGCGGGGAUUAAGUCCCGUCGGUUCGACGAGGUUCUACAGUUGAUACGAGCGCACAAACAUGGCUCCUUAUUCGAAUCUCGUCUUCAAAGUCAGGAAACGGAAGAGUACAAGGGCAUGGUCCGGCAGCAUUUGGACUUGGAAAUAGUUCAAACCAAGAUAAAUUCUGGCUCUUAUUCGUCAUCCAACCUUGCGUUUUACCGAGAUCUCUUGCUUCUUUUCAAUAAUGUGGUUACCUUCUUCCCCAAAUCCUCAAAGGAAGCAGUAGCUGCUUGUGAACUCCGUCUUCUCGUGUCCAAUGAAAUGAAGAAGAGUUUGCGGGUUGCUCAGACUGACCCUUUGCCUGAAGUAGUGGAUUCGCCCCCAACGUUCCCUUCUCAAUCCAAGGGUCCCGAUCUUGAAGGGUCACAGGCCUUGCUUGCCAAGCAGAAGUCCUCUGUACCUAUAGUUGUUUGUAGGAAACGAAGCAAGAUUUCUAACCCUUCAACGACUGGUACUGGUGAAAAAGGUGAUCGGAGCAAUGAUGAUGAGAAACCAGCUGCUGAUCUAAAAUCAAGUAUCAACAUCGUUUCAAAUCUUGUUGAAGAGGAUACUACAAAAGAUAGCAAGGUUAAAGAGAAGCCCACAACUGGAGCCAGAAGUAUGAGAAGGAGCAAUGAUAGUGCCACAAAUUCCAGCGGCCCUAGUAGCAGCAAGAAACAGAAUAUAACUUCCAGAUGGAAACCGAGUUCAGCCAAUGAAACCGAGAUACCAACCCCAGAUAAGAAGAAAUCUGAAACAGUAGCACUGGAAAAGAAGCGUAGUGCUGCAGAUUUCUUGAAGAGGAUCAAGCAGAACUCGCCUGCAGAGACUACGAAGAGAAAUGGCAGAGGUGGAAGUAGUGGUGGCGUUGGUAAUGCAACUCCAGAACAAAAGAAGGGCAAUAGCAAGAACGAUAAAGCAAAAGAGAGAGUGUCGUCAACGAUGAAGCAAAGCAAUGACAAGAAGCGCCCGAAAGAGGAUGCCAGCCCUUCCAAGCGCAGUGUGGGACGACCACCUAAGAAGGCAGCAGAAGCCGAACCCCCCACACCAAUAAAAAGAGCCAGAGAAGGGGGUGGAAAAGAACCUCUCAAGAGGCCAAGAAAAAAGUCUAAACGAUGAAGAUCUGUAUUGUUUGUGUAUACUAAUAGGUCGCAAUCUGCAGUGUUCAGAUAUCUGUAUUGCAUUUAAUUAUUUUUUUAACUUCUAAUUUGUUACACGAGAAA